CUAGCAGCUGGUGAGCUGUGAGCAUCAUUGCUCUCGUGUCCACCGGUUGGAGCAGACAGACGCAGCUCCGUGUCCCUGCUGAAGUGUUGCUGCGUAACUGUGUCACAUUGUUGACCUUCUGCCCAGAAGUACCACAUCGGUCGUGAGGUCAAGAUGUGGAGGCUGCUCCUGGUGGCGGCCGCCGCGGCCAGCGUCGGAGGGACCGACAACAUUCACCAAGAAGUCAACUCGCAUCACAUACUCUCCCCGAUCCACGAAAAUUGUACACAAAGUCUGACGGAGCUGCUGCUGCUGCGGCAGGAAGGUUAUCUGAGCCAGCUGCUGGUCACAGAGAAGGAGUCAGCUGCCACACUCACCACUGUGGUCCACCUUCUCACUCAACUGACUGAUGCUGUCAUCCCUCAGCACACCGACCCACCUCACAAGGAGCAUUGCACGUCCCCGUACACAAGUGUAGGGAAGACGUGUCUGCUGCUGGCUCUUGGUGACCCGCUCCCCUGGGCCGCUGCUCGUCAGUAUUGUGCUGCGAGGGGCGGCGACCUGGCUACCUUCACUGACGCCAACACCUACGCUGAGUACCUCGCUUUUGUCAACACUGUCAAUUCGGAAAAUGCCGCCGUUGGAGUGUGGCUUGGAGGGUCAGAUGAAGCUCAGGAGGGAGUCUGGACUUGGGUCACUGGAGAACUGAUGCCUAAAGGACCACCUUUCUGGGGAUCAAUUAACGGAUACAGGCCAGAACCAGGCGGCGGUCGCGGAGAGAACUGUUUAAUUAUGUAUCAUCCUGACAAGUACUAUUUGCAUGAUAUUUCUUGUGGUUAUGCCCAGUCUGUGCCACUUUGUCAAAAGGUUUAUAAAUGAUCCCUGUAGUUUGACAUUCAACUCAGUGAUAGCAGGUAUCCAAACGAGCGCUUAUAUAUAUCUUCAAAGUUUUGCUCAGCAUUGCGCUCUCAAGGAUUUCUUGACAUUUUAUAUAUUCAACGAUCAUAUUUAAGGAUUAUAUAGGUACCUUCAUGUAUAUAUUAUGCCCCAUAACCAUUCUGGGCAAGAACAAUAUUCUAAUUUCAAUUAAAUUUAUUCGUAUC